AUAAGCUUAUCCAGACUCUUAUAACAACUUCCAGUCUUCAGUCUUCAUCACUCCUUUUUCCUUUGCCUGUCUCUUUUAUUUCACCCUGGGAUGGCAAAACUGUCAGAUCCUCUUGUAGUGGGGAGAGUGAUUGGCGAUGUUAUCGAUGCUAUCACCCCAUCUGUGAAAAUGACUGUCACUUUCAACUCCAACAAGCAGGUAUAUAAUGGCCAUGAGUUGUUUCCAUCCUCAGUAACUAACAAGCCUAAGGUUGAUGUCCAUGGAGGCGAUAUGAGAUCCUUUUUCACCCUGGUCAUGACAGACCCAGACGUUCCUGGUCCUAGUGACCCUUACCUGAGGGAGCACUUACACUGGAUAGUGACAGAUAUCCCUGGCACAACUGAUGCCACAUUUGGAAGGGAAGUGGUGAACUAUGAAAUGCCGAGGCCAAACAUAGGGAUCCACAGGUUUGUGUUCCUCCUCUUCAAGCAGAAACGCAGACAAGCAGUGCUAAGUACACCCUCAUCAAGGGAUCAUUUCAAUACCAGAAAGUUUGCAGAAGAAAAUGAACUGGGCCUCCCUGUUGCAGCUGUCUAUUUCAAUGCUCAAAGGGAAACAGCUGCAAGGAGACGCUAAAAUAAGUGGUACAGUAAAGAUGAUGUUAGCCAAGUCUGUUCACUGUACCACACCGUACCAGAACCACAAGACAUGUACUAUGUGCAUGUUUGGGGCUUAAUGGGGUUAGCUAAGAAUAAAGCCUGAUGGGGGGCAUUCGUUAGGAAUUGUUAAGUAGCCCAUUUGACGGAAAAUAAUCUUUAUCCAAGAGACUAGGUCCCUGGUCUUCUUAUUCUAGCAUUAGUAUCAGUUAAAGGUUAUGCUACUUUGUAAUUGCA